AUGUCUGCAGAUAAUUCAGAUGAUUCUGAUAAACAAAUGGAGAACUUGCACAUGAACCCAGCGACCAGAGGGAAGGAGAAGCUUGUUAGUAGUAGUGGUGAUGAAGUUGAUACUGCUGAGAGGGAGAGGCGCAGGAAGAUAAAUGCAUUAUUUCGUGGCCUUAAAGCUAUGCUGCCUCAUGUUCCCUCCAAGGCUGACAGAAUCAAAGUGGUGGAUGAAACAUUGAACUACAUAACAACUUUGGAGCAAACUCUGGAAAAUUUGGAAAAGAAGAAGAUGGAGCGAUCACUUCGAUCGUCUGUCUCUUCUAAUGCUGGCCAUCCCAGUGGUACUUCCAGAGAUGCUUUCAUGUCUGAACAAGUAGCUUCAUCCUCAUCACCCACUCCGAGUGCAAGUCCACAUGGUUAUAAUAAACCAGUAGGAUUUCAGACUUGGACUUCUCCGAAUUUGGUUGUCAACAUUUGUGGCAAAGAAGCUCAAUUCAGCGUAACCUCUUCUAAGAAUUGGUGCCCCUUCAGCACCAUCUGCUGUGUUCUAGAGAAGUACAAGAUCGAGGUUUUGUCUGCUCACAUUUCAUGUGACAAUGGUCGUAGGUUCUAUAUGUUUCAAGCACAAGUGAGCGGAGAUUCGGAUCAGGUUCCAGGGGCACUAUCAGCAGAGGAAACAUUCAAGCAAGCUGCUGAAGAAAUUAUUCUGCGUAUCACUUGA